AUGGCAUCUACAAGCAACCAAGAACUCGCGUUCACAUAUUCCCAACAAGGUAUCCCCAUCUUUGUUGGUCAAGAUUUUGAAUUAUGGAACGUGCUUAUGAGGACCGUAUUCGUGUCUCACGAAUUAUGGGAUGUUAUUGAUGAGGGGUAUAUUGCUCAUACUCCGGAGGAGGUUGCGGCAUUUACAAAUGCGCAGAAAAAAGAGCAUAAAGAGAACAAGACGAAGGAUGCAAAAGCCUUGUCCUUUAUGCAUCAAGGGGUGAGCCGAUCAAUUCUUCCGCGCAUUACGAGUGCUAAGACCGCAAAAGAGGCCUGGCAAAUUCUAAAAAAUCAGUUCGGAGGCCAUGAGAAGGAUUCUGAAAAUGUGCAAGACUUUCUCUCCAGAGUUUUAACAGUUAUAAAUCAAAUUCGAGGAUAUGGAGAUACUCUAGAAGAGAAAAAGAUUAUAGAGAAAGUCCUACGAUGUUUGCCAGCGAAAUUUGAGCAUAUAGUUGCAGCGAUCGAAGAAUCCAAAGAUCUAUCAAAAUUGUCUUUGGAUGAACUCAUGGGUUCUCUUGAAGCCCAUGAAAAGAGGAUGAACAGAUUCUCUACUCAAACCUUGGAACAAGCUUUUCAAGGAAAAAUGAAUGUUUCUCAAAAAGAGAAAGACAGCCCGCAAGAGAAGAAGAAUAUAUCGGCACAAAGAGCAUCGCAAGGAAGAGGUCGUGGCAGAUUUCAAAAUUCUAAUACUCGUGGUCAAGGUAGAGGAGGAAGAGGUAACUCUAGCUCGCGAUUCAAGAAUCAAGAUUCAGAUUCUUAUUGUCGCAUAUGCCGAAGAAAUGGUCAUGACACUCAAAGUUGUUGGAAUAGAUGCAAAAGGUGCAGAAAUGCAAAUCACUCAAAAAAAGACUGUUGGUUUCAAGAUGAGGAUGAGACAAAGGAGGCAAACUUCUCUGAAAAAAAUGAAGCCGAUCAGGUAUUUUAUUCAUGCUUAAAUUCUCAACAGCAACUUGAGAAUAUUUGGUAUGUGGAUAGCGGCUGCAGCAACCAUAUGUCUGGAAAUAAGAAGAUGUUCGUGGAUAUCGAUGAAUCAUUUUCAUCAGAGGUAAAGAUUGGAGAUGGCAAAGCACUUAAAAUUAUUGGAAAAAGUGCGGUUUCUAUUCAGACAAAAGAAGGGAAAGACAAUAUCAUCAAAGAUGUCCUGUAUGUGCCGGAAUUAACUCAAAAUUUAUUGAGUGUUGGCCAGCUCUUGCAGAAAAACUACAAGGUGGAGUUCAAUAAUGAUCAUUGUGUCAUUAUUGACAAGCAGAAGAAACUCACGAUGGCAAGAAUUAAGAUGAGUCAGAAUAAAGUAUUUCCUCUAAACUUGCCAUUAGCCGAGAAAGUUGCACUUCAAAGCAUGACGGAUGGAGAUCAUAAGAUCUGGCAUUUGAGAUCGUGGAGGAGAAUUUAUUGGAAAUGCCUUCAUGGAUUAUUGCAAAGAGAAGGGGAUCCAAAGGCAUUGGCAGUUCGAUACAGCCCGCAACAAAAUGGAGUCGCCGAGAGCAAUGCACGACUCACUAAUGCUAUCGCCUACUACUGA